GAGACAGGACCACCGACACCAGGCGGCCAUGCUGGCCGGUUCUAUUGCUGCCGCAUCUGUCCGCCCGGAGGAAAGGACACCGGGAAGGGAAAGACGGCAGGGGCGGGCAGCAAUCGGGACGGCACUCUGGGAGGCAGGGCCAAGGGGAAGACGGCGGUUGCGGGCGGCACUGAUGGCAGCGGGGCCGGCACUCACCAUCCGACCAGAAGCACAGAGGCAGCGACGGCGCACCCUACCCGGCCGCAGGGAGGCAGUUCAGCGGGGAGGAAGGCGCGGGAGGCGGUCCUCUUGCCGCCGCCUCCUCACCCCGUCCGGCGCCGGCAGCCGCAGCAGCACCUCUGCCCGGCUUCUUCCUAUGCCUCCUUUUCCGGGUGGGGGGUUCCUCUAAAAAGGCUUUUCUGCUCCCAGCCUCCUCAAUUUGUUUGCCAGCAGGUGAGAGAACAAGGAGGUAACUCUUUCCUCUUUGCACUUCUCUCACUCCAGCAAGGGCGAAGCUCAGUCAGGCUCUCUGCGCUGUUUCCCCCACCGGAGAGAAACACCAGCACUUUUUCUCCCCGCGAACCCAAGCCUCUCUCUACUACACUACAGCAAGCAUAUACCAGGCAAGGCUGGCUUGCUUAGUGUGUGUCUGUGUCACGUCGCCGCCCGCACCGCAGCUUGCAAAGGAGAUGGGUGGUGGUGUGUGUAGAAUACCUCCAGCCUGAGUCUGCAGUGUGCACAUUUACUCGGAAGUAAGCCCUACCGAUUUCAACAAGGCUUACUCCAUAGUAAGUUAUUGCAUGCAGAAGACCCCAGGUUCAAGCCCUGGCAGCAUCUCCAGGGAGGGCUGGGAAAGACUCCUGCCUGGAACUUUGGGGAGAUGCUGCCAGUCAGUGUAGUAGGCAAUAGUGAGGUUGAUGAACGGAUCAAGGGUCUCUGACUUGAUAUACAACUUCCUACACAGCCAAUGUAAAGUAGACCAUAGUUUCAAAGAGGUAACUGCAGAGGAAAGGAAAGAAAGGAAGAGAAAGAAAUAAAAAAGAAACAACAAGAAAAAAGGGCAAGAGAAAAGGAAGAAUGAAUAAAGGGGGGGGGACCUAGCGCCCGUUAUUAUAACUGGCUUAAAAAUACUAGUAUCUAUAUAUAACAUCCAGAACACAUCAUAAUUGCUGGUAUUGGCAGCUAUUAGCUUUAAUAGCUAUAUAUUUCCAUCAGAGUCAAAGCAGCACCAUGCCCCUUAACAUCGGGAGCUAGGGAAUGCCCACAGGAGUGCGUUGGUGCCCUCUUCCCUCUGCUUGUGGGCUUCUCGGAAGCGCCUUCUUAGCCCCUCUGUGAGUCAGGAUGCUGGAUGGAUGGGCCUUUGCCCUGGUCCAGCAGGGCCUUUUCUUACAUUCUUAGGUAGCUGUGUUGGUCUGUUGACACCUCAGCCCUGGUUAUGUUUAUAUGGAAGUGAGUUUAGUGGGCUUCACUCCCGAUAAUCAUGUGUGUAGAGCUGCAAUUUGAGGGAUAGAAUUCAGAAGCCACAGUAGAGGGUGAUGGUUCCUUGUAUUAAGAUCAAGGAAAAGUUCGUAAAGAAUUGCCUCUUAGUUUCAGCAGGACUUAGCCGUGGCUAACUUGAACUAGAUCCUUGUGUGUGACUAACAGGGCUACCUCACUGGAAUUGGUUGUGAUAUUGACCACAGCCUUGUAAGUUUCUUUUUCAUUGGCCUGCUCCUGCCCUCUGAAGUCACACUGCUUUGUGAAUAUUUUUGUUGAGGGGCAGCUGUAUUACAAGUGAAUAAUGCUACAAUUCUCAGGGUGACACUUUAAAAAUCUUCCACUGAAAAAGAGGAGGGGUAUGUUUGUAUGUAUGUAUUGGGGCUGCUCAGCCUUUCAUUCAUUCAUUCAUUCAUUCAUUCAACUUCUAUCCCGCCCUUCUAAAAAUGGCUCAGGGCGGUUUACACAGAGAAAUAAUAAAAACCUUGGCCCUCCUGCAGAUGUUGGCCUACAAUUCCUGUUAUCCCUGGCUACUGGCCACUGGCUAUUGACUAUUGGGGAUCAUGGGAGUUGUAGUCCAAUAAUAGCUUGGGGGCCUAAUUUGAGUAGACUUGGCGUAUAUACAUAUAUAUGUGUGUGCUUGCGUGCUUGUGCGUGUGUAGCACACAUACAUGCCUCAUUUCUGAAUGUCGAGGUGCGGACAGAGGCACAAGAGUAUGACUGGUAAAAACACAAGUUUGGCAGCCUUGGAUGAGAGGGCUUCCUCCUGCCACCAGGGAUUGAGGCUUGCCUUUUGACAGCCCUGCCUUGGUAAUUCUAGGAGCUCCAAUCCUCCUGCCAUCCUCUCUUCCUCUCUGGCAAAGGGUUACUGUAUUACUGGGCCCCCCUCCCCCUUGUCGGAGGGAGGGCAUAUUUAUAUUGGAGAUGUGAGUGGCCUCUUUUCAAACCAAACUUUUGAGACACACUUGACUGUUGUAAGGUCUCCCUGUGAGCUCCGUGGAUGAGCAGCAAUUUGAACCUGGGAUUCCUACUUCCAGGCCUCACAUUCUAGUGGCUAGACUGUAUUUUAAUAAUGUAUUUAACAAGUUGAGGACUGUGUGCACACAUAGAUAGAUACUCAGGGGGCCAGAAAUGUUGGCUCUGUUCACCAGCCAGACAAAACAUUUUUACUUGUCAAGCUAGGUUGGUACAUUACUUGUCAGGAGUUGUUUCACAUGUCACAGACAAGUAGACAAGUGCAUUUCCUGAGCCCUGUAACAGUAAAGUGUGCCAUUGAGUCGAUGUCGACUCCUGGCAACCGCAGAGCACUGUGGUUGUCUUUGGUAGAAUAUAGGAGGGGUUUACCAUUGCCAUCUCCCGUGCAGUAUGAAAUGAUGCCUUUCAGCAUCUUCCUAUAUAGCUGCUGCCCGAUAUAGGUGUUUCCCAUAGUCUAGGAAACGUACCAGCAGGGAUUCGAACCGACAACCUCUGGCUUGCUAGUCAAGUCAUUUCCCGUUGCGCCAUUAGGUGGCUGAGCCCUGUAGAUACUACUAUUUAUUUUAUCAUUCCCAAAGUAAUCUGUUUUCAUGAGGAUGUAGAUCUAACUUCACUGUAAUACCAACAUCCCUGUAGUGAUUCGUGGCUUGAUGGAGCUUGUCUUAUUGCUACAAGUUGUAUGAUGUUUAAAUGGUGGCUUCUGUAAUCCUUGUAUAAGGAAUAUAUCGUAUUAGCCAGAUCUUUCUCCUAAUUUAAACUAAAUCAUAUCAAUUUCUCUGUUGCUGUCUCCAAUUGGACUUAGAUUACCUUCUAGUUUCAGUAGCUAGUUGGGUAGGAAAUCUCAUGAGUUUCUAAUGUAGCAAGAAGGAGACUAUGUUGUUUUGCACAGUGGUGAAACCCCUUAAACACAGAAGAGUGUGAAGGACUUUGGUUUGAAAAGGGACACCUGGCAUAUUGUAAGUGUUUGCUUCUGCCGUUUCUGUUCCACACAAGUCUUGUCUGUUGGCAUCAUUCCAGGCCUCAAACUGAUGUUUGUUUGGAUAAAUAUUCCCAAAACAUGUGUUAAGAUUUUGAUAAACUUGUUUUGUAUUCAGAAGAGUCUGUAAAACACCCUGUGUUUGGCUGCUAGACCAAACAUGUUUUCCUAGUUAGUAGGAUGGGUGUUGACAGGAUAAAUUUGAAGACUAGCUCCAUGUUAAUUGGAUUAAAAAUAAGCUUAAUGUUAAAUGUCGUAUGUGUGUGUUUUCUGUACACACUACAGACUUGUUUGUCUAUAACUUAUCCAUUCCUGAAAGCUUAGUGCAGAAUAACAAGCCAGGAAAAAGGUGUUCUGUUGAUUUGUAUAUGGUCAGAAUCUGGAAUGAGUCAACUCUAAAGAACAGUGGGAGCAAACUGUACAUAUGCACAUGAUCUUGAAGCCAAAUAAUCUACAUUUGUAAAUUAAGGAGGUUUGACACCAGCAAGUUCUCAAGCACAGUACAGACGUGGUUUAAUGGGUGUGCUCAUUCAGUGCAGGAAAAAAUGCAGGCACCUAAAUGUGGCGGAGGUGUUUGGAUUUUUUGCACCACCUUUGGAGAUCAACCCUUGUACUUUUAAGCAGCCUAGAAUUGUCCCUUUCAGGCAGUAAAUUUGACAUUUAUGUGAAAACACUUUUUUAUUGGCAAAGCUGGUCUUUUAAUAACAAAUUGCUACUUGUGUUAUGUUUGAGCUGGCUAGCCCCUUGGUCAAAUUUUGUAUGCAGAGUGCAUCCUGGACUGGUGAAAUUUGCUAAUCAUGAAUAAAUCCUUUUUUUAAAAAAAAAAGAUGACUACCUGGUUAAGUAAACUCAGCCAGCCCUGUGCAAAUACUGCAAUUGCACAGAUGUCACAAAAUGUCUAUUAGCCCACUUGCCUGCACACACAUUUGUGGCAUUCCCUUAUUCUUUGUGAUCAGGGGAGUGGCUGCGUACAAGAUCUGAAUAAGUAACUUUUGCAUCGUUGACGGGACGGCGCAUCCCUGCGUGUUGUCCUAGUCCUUUCUUCAGCGAACCUCCUUAAAUUGCACAUAUGUGUUACUGUUCCUAUGUAUGUGUGUCUCUCUAUCACAUAAUCCAGCACUUCUUUCCUCAGCCAAUUGGCUAGGGGCCGAGCCUAGCCAAGAUUUUACCUCCAAUGGACGCACGUUUCUUUGGUGAAGAUUUCUCCUGAGAGUUCGAGACUAGCAGAAAGAAGCGAGGAAAUUGCGACCGUUUGGUUCUUACGGAUAGGUAUUUAUGUAUUUGGGUUUGUGUACAUGUAAGCUAUUUGCCUUUCCAGAAAAAAAAACCAUAUUUUAGCAAGGGAGUGUUGAAUGGUUGAACCAUAAACGGUAAGAACGAUAAAGAAAUUGGUUCCUCUUUAAAAUAUGAAGAUAUGCUGCCUUUAAUUGUAAUCUUUAAGGGGGAAUUGACUUUAAAAGUCUUUUUUUUAGUGGGCGAGAAGUGAUUAUUCAGUUUAAAUUAAUAUAACCCAUUAAUUUCUUUUUUUCAAUUGUAUGUGGUAAGUAUUUGUAUGACGGCAGAAACUACAGCCCGAAGUUUUUUUAUGGACCAUGUUUUUCAUGUUGCAGGUAUGAUGGCCGUGGUCACCUGCACGACCUUUCUGAAUAUGAUGCUGCAUAUUCCACCUGGAACAGAGACUACCAGUUGUCCGAAGAGGAGGCUAGAAUAGAAGCCCUCUGUGAUGAAGAGAGAGGAAGAAUAUAAGAGGCUGAGCGAAGCUUUGGCGGAAGACGGGACCUAUAAUGCAGUGGGUUUCACGUACAGUAGUGAUUAUUAUGAUCCUUCUGAGCCUACUGAGGAAGAGGAACAGCCUUCGAAAGCAAAAGUUGCUUCAACCAAGUUGGAAAAUGUAGAAGAAAAUGAAGAACCUUUUAUUGCCCCUGUGGGACUGAAUGUACCGUCUGAUGUAGAACUGCCGCCGACUGCCAAAAUGCAUGCCAUCAUAGAGCGGACUGCAAAUUUUGUCUGCAAGCAGGGGGCCCAGUUUGAGAUCAUGCUGAAAGCAAAGCAGGCUCGGAAUUCCCAGUUCGACUUCCUGCGCUUCGACCACUACCUCAACCCUUACUACAAGUUUAUUCAGAAAGCAAUGAAGGAAGGGCGAUACGCCGCGCCUUCGGAAAAGAAAAAGGAGGAGGAAAAAGAUUCAGAUGAUGCUGACGAAGAUGACGACGAUGAUGACGGAGAUAACUACCUUCAUCCGAGCCUCUUUGCAUCCAAAAAGCGGAGCAGGCUUGAAGAGCUGAUGAAGCCUCUCAAGGUGGUGGAUCCUGACCACCCACUGGCGGUACUCGUCCGCAAGGCACAGGCAGACAAUAAUCUAGCUUCUUCUCAAGCCUCAGAGAGAGCAGCUGUUCAAGCCUCACAAAUAGAAUAUCCUUCGGAUUCUGCCAUGGCAGCCAUGUAUUACAGCUACUACAUGCUGCCGGACGGAACGUACUGCCUCGCCCCCCCGCCCCCAGGCAUCGACGUCGCCACUUACUACAGCGCGCUGCCUGCAGGCGUGACUGUGUCGAGCGCUUCAGGAGUUAUGACCAUCACGGCACCACCACCCCCCGGCACCACACCGCCACCGCCUUCAGAGGCGCCUGAUGACGCGGGCAGAACCGUGCCUGCCACCACAUCUGCAAGCGCCAUUCCGCCAGUGGCGGCGAUCAUCCCGCCACCCCCGGACAUCCAGCCAGUAAUUGACAAGCUUGCCGAAUACGUCGCUCGGAAUGGAAUUAAAUUUGAGACCAGCGUCCGUGCCAAGAAUGAUCCGAGGUUUGAAUUCCUGCAGCCCUGGCACCAGUACAAUGCCUAUUAUGAAUUUAAGAAACAAUUCUUCCUUCAGAAAGAGGCCACCGACAACUCAAAGCAGGUGGCAUCUUUACCAGAGGACGUCCCUGCCGAUUCUGCCAACACGGCGCCCGGAGAAGCUCAGUUUCCCUCAGACCCCCCAGCUGAAGACCCAGAGUCUGCUGAUCAAGGAGGCGCCAAGAAGGACCCGAACGUUAUCAGAUUCGCCAGCGACGGCAAACUGAUGAAAGCGUCGUUUGCCCCCAUCAGCUUUGCGAUCCGAGCCAAGGAGAACGACAUGCUUCCCUUGGAGAAAAACCGCGUGAAACUCGACGACGACAGCGACGAGGAAGGGGAAGAGGGCAAGGAAGGCCAGGAGAGCGCCAGUGGGGCUGCCAGCAGCAGCAGCACGGCCUUUGCCGCCUCCAGCAGCGCCGCUGAAGAGAAGAAGCCCCAGCUGACGCAGGAGGAGCUGGAGGCCAAGCAAGCCAAGCAGAAGCUAGAGGACAGGCUGGCAGCUGCAGCGAGGGAAAAGCUAGCCCAGGCCUCCAAGGAAUCAAAGGAGAAGCAGCUCCAGGCGGAACGGAAAAGGAAAGCCGCCCUCUUCUUGCAGACCCUGAAGAAUCCCUUGGCAGAAGCAGAGGUGGAGAAAAUGGAGGAGAGUGUCUUUAAUAUAGAGGCCAUCACCAACCCACCUUGUGCUCUGCUGACCAGCGCCCGGACGCUCCCAGCCUUGGAAGCCAAGGCCCCCGAGAGGCCUCCCAGCAGAAGCCGAGAUCUUCCCAGGCAGGAAGAGAAGGAGAAGAAGAAGAAGAAGCACAAGAAGCGGUCCCGCUCCCGCUCGCCCCCUUCCAAGUACCACUCCUCGUCCAAAUCCAGGGCCCGGUUCCAUUCGAAAGCUAAGCACUCGCUCCCCACUGCCUAUCGGACUGUCCGGCAUUCCAGACUCCCAGAAUCCCCAGGGACACUGAGAAUGGAGCCGCGGCUGAGCAGCCCAUCCAUGGGAGCGGCAGCAGAGCGCGGGGAUUCUCAGGCAGCCUCGACCACGCCCAGAUAUGACUGCCGGAGCUCUCUUGAGGGGAAUCCUGGUAACACGUCAAGGUCUCGCUCGAGAUCACCCAGGAGAAGGGCGCACACCCCUGAAAGGCGCAGAGAAGAAAGGAGCGUCCCGACAGCGUACCGGGUUAGCAACAGUCCAGGAAUGAGCAGGAGACGUACACGUUCCAGAAGUCCUCACGAAAAGAAGAAAAGGCGAUCUCACUCCCACGCCAAGUCCAAAGCCAGGUCUCACUCGCCCUCUGCUUCACCAGGCAGACAGUCUGCGCCCAAGAAUUCCACCCACUCCGCCAGCGUCUCUCCCGUGGAGAGCAGGGGGUCUAGCCAAGAGCGUUCCAGGGGAGUCUCUUUGGAAAAAGACGGCCAGAUCUCGUCGGCAAUCGUAUCUUCAGUACAGAGUAAAAUAACUCAGGACCUGAUGGCUAAAAUGAGGGCAAUGCUCGCAGCUUCCAAAAAUAUCCCGACGAGUGCUUCCUGAGACUGAAAGGAUCACCGGAAGAUCAUGUACAGAUAGGAUACUUCUUUUGUUCACACGGUUCCUAAUCUCGGACAGCAGAUUUUGAGAAGCUGAAAUCCUCACUGUGUACAGAAGAGAAGAAUUUUCCAAUGGGACUUCCCUUUGAUAUUUAAAACAAAAGAGCCGCCUUGGGGGUUUUCUAAAUUCCAUUUUGACCGCUUGUCCAGUAAGAUUUUGCAACGCACAGUGUCUGUAUAUUUGUAAAUAUGACGUUUCUGUGAGUGUCCCACAAAUAAAAAUGCAAAGAGACACUUUUAUUAGCAAAAUG